AUGUCAACAUUAGAUACCAGCAGCAGCAACAGCGGCUCCACACCUGUUAGUUUUGAUCCCGCAACAGGGAGUAUGAUUCGAUUAGAGCACUUUCUCGAUACUGUUCUGCGUCAAUCUCUUGAUAAGGUAUUACAGGAACGAGAUACCGUAAACACUAUGGCCUCUCAGUGUAUUCAAUUACGUGAACUCUUUGAGGAAAUGCGUGCGCUCUCCUCAACACAUUCCUUUAUUACGAAUAAAUCUUCAUCAUCCUUAUCCUCAUCAUCGAAUGCCGGUGUUAAUACUAAUAAUACUACCAAUACUACUAAUUCUUCUGUACCACAACGUAAUCACAUUAUGGUUGAUAUUGGUAAUCAUUUUUUCGUUCAGUGUACUGUUCAUGAUGCUUCACAGGUAUGGGUAAACCUCGGAUGUGGAGUCGUGCUCCCCAUGUCCACCGCAGAGGCGAAUGUGUUUCUACAGAAGAAAGAAAAAAUGCUGCGGGAACGGGCAGCACGAUUGAGUAAAGAAGCCCUGCGUCUAAAGUACCGCAUUCGUCUAGUGAUGGAAGCCAUCACACAGUUAUAUGAUCGGUCUAUUGGGCAAUCUGUAUGA